GUUAUUUUUUUAAAGCCUCGCUUUAUUUAUGAUGUGUUUUGCUGUUGAAGUGAAUGCACACGUUUUCUGCAGCCUCGGUUAUGCAGAGCGCGGUGUUUCGCUUCGUCAGGGAGUGGAUAUCAGACACAACAAAGACCGCAAGGUCCACCGGAAAGAACCGAAGAGCCAGGACAUCUACCUGAGGCUCCUGGUCAAGCUCUACAGGUUCCUUGCCCGUCGCUCCAACGCUUCCUUCAACAAGGUGGUCCUGAAGAGACUCUUCAUGAGCCGAACUAAUCGCCCCCCUCUGUCCCUGUCCCGCCUGAUUCGUAAGAUGAAGCUGGACGGCCGUGAAAACAAGACCGCUGUCGUCGUGGGGACGAUCACAGACGACGUGCGCAUCCAGGACAUCCCCAAACUGAAGGUGUGUGCUCUGAGGGUGACUGACGGAGCCCGCAACAGGAUCCUGAAGGCUGGAGGUCAGAUCAUGACCUUUGACCAGCUGGCCUUGGAAACCCCCAAAGGUCACGGCACUGUGCUGCUGUCGGGUCCGCGCAAGGGCCGUGAAGUGUACAGACACUUCGGAAAGGCACCAGGAACCCCACACAGCCACACCAAGCCCUACAUCCGAUCGAAGGGCCGCAAGUUCGAACGCGCCCGAGGACGCAGAGCAAGCCGUGGGUACAAGAACUAAUCCGGGCUGGUGCUGCAGCAACACCCCCCCCCCCUCCCUGUACAA